AUGCCGGCGCCGGGCCGGGGGCCACGCGGGCUGCGGCUGACCAUGCCCGGGCGCCGGGGGGCGCUGCGUGGGCCGGGCGGCUGCCUGGGGGUGGCGCUGGCCCUGCUGCUGCUGCUGCUGCCCGCCUGCUGCCCCGUGCGGGCGCAGAACGACACGGAGCCCAUCGUGCUGGAGGGCAAGUGCCUGGUGGUGUGCGACUCCAGCCCGUCGGCGGACGGCGCCGUCACCUCCUCCCUGGGCAUCUCCGUGCGCUCCGGCAGCGCCAAAGUGGCCUUCUCCGCCACGCGGAGCACCAACCACGAACCGUCCGAGAUGAGCAACCGCACCAUGACCAUCUAUUUCGACCAGGUAUUAGUAAAUAUUGGCAACCACUUUGAUCUUGCCUCCAGUAUAUUUGUAGCACCGAGAAAAGGGAUUUAUAGCUUCACCAUCCAGGUGGGUAGAUUUGAAACUGGAUCCUUUCAGGUCAGUUUAAUGCAGAAUGGCUACCCAGUGAUCUCCGCCUUUGCAGGAGACCAGGAUGUCACCAGAGAAGCUGCUAGCAAUGGUGUUCUGCUGCUCAUGGAAAGGGAAGACAAAGUGCAUCUCAAACUUGAGAGAGGCAACCUCAUGGGGGGCUGGAAAUACUCCACAUUCUCGGGCUUCUUGGUGUUUCCUCUAUAAACACAGAGCCCCCUGGAUGGUAGGGAAAUGGCAAUCUGGACCCAGGAAUCCGCCCUUUAAAACACCCUAAACUUGCUGGAAUUGGACACCUUGUUUCCAACCUCCGUCAGAUUGUUGCAGUAGAAAAAUGAUUUCCUUCGAAACCUCCAAUACUUUUUGCUUUUUUUUUUUUUUUUUUUUUUUUUUUUUUGGAAUAUUGACAAUUCCUCGGGAACCUGGCCUCUAAUUAGUUUUAGAUGACAAGGUCUUAAGGAGAAAUGAAAUGAUCAAUUUGAGCAAUUUGUACCUGUGAUUGUAAAGUCAAUAUCGGAUUUUAUUGUUGGGACCAUGGGCCUCUUUUGUUUGUAUGUUGUAUUGCUGUCCCAAUGGAAGGAGAGCUCCUGACUCCAGGAUGGGCUGCAGGUUGCAGUCAGGGCUCGAAGCAGGAGCUCAGCAGAGAACCACCCGCUGGACAGCCCUUGACAUGUGUUCUGUGUGUGUCUGUAUAGCCUUAAGAAAAAGAAUGGCUUCACUUUCAUUCUGUAUUCUGCCCCCCACCGUGUGGAUGGGAGGACUUGGGAGGGGGGCGGGGACAUUGUGAACCUGUCAAGAAGUGCUUUAUCCAGAGAAGCAAAUUUUGCACGAUUGGACUGUAACGUUUGUUUUGUAUUGUUUGCGUGUUUUUUCUUUAACAGCUUUACUUUCCUUUCCGCACUCAGCUCUCCCGCCUCAACCUCACUUAUUUUUCUCGCCGGGGUUGGGGAGAGAAAAUAUAUGUUGAAUUCCUGGAUAAGACCAAACAAAACAAAACUUUAAAAUAACUGUAUUUUUUUUAGAUGAGACCAAACUAAACAAAAAGUAUCUGUUUAUCAAAGUAAAAAUAACACAAUGGACAAUUCUGCUUAUUCUCUCAAAGAGAUUCUAAGAUGCACCUUUAGAACAAUUAAUAGCAACCUGGAUUUUUUUUUUUUUUUUAAUUUAUACUUCAGAAUCUUUUAACUUGGUGUUUCUGGGUGGUCCUGAAUCACAUAAGUUGGGAGUGGAAGCUGUAAAGACCAAAUCCCCUACACAUACUGUUUCUUUGCCGUGUGUGAUGUGACUUCUCAGCGGGUGUCUUAAUUUAUUUGCAUCCACCUCUGAGUGACCACACAGUGAUCAGGUGCUUCAGAGCCGACAGGACCAGCUCCUCUUCCUCUGGAUCCUCUUUUGAUCUGCCCAGGAAAGGGAUGCAUUGACACUCUCCUGCAUGCACCUGGCCAGAAGCCACCUGGAAGUCACCAUGGUUAAGAUAUUGGUGGAGGCACCCCAGGAGCACUGAUACAAAUCCUUCUUGUUUUGGCGUCUUGUACAACAACAUUAUUAAGACACAGCUGAGAGUUGAUGGAUGUGUAAUUCAUAUGCCAAGGAAAUGUCAGUCAUCCCAAAGCAAUCAAAGAGGAGACCUCAAACCAGAUGUUAAUUUGUUCUUUGUGUAACAAUGUAACCAAAAUAUUGAUGAUAAAAAGUCAUAAUUUAAGAUUCAGAAUAAAUGGAUUUGAUGUCUACCUUGCUCUUAUCCUCUACUUCCUAUCCCAAUUCGCAAAAUAUGUGGAAGUAAAGGCCGACUGUCAAGGACUUGGGGAUGAUAAAUCCAUACAGUGCCUCUGUAAAAAAAAAUGUACUCUCAAACACACAUGCCAGUAUGUGCAGACCUGGCUGUGGGUCUGGAUGGUUAUUGUACGCUUAGAUGCAUUUCAGUUUAUACAUAUGUAUUUUUCGAAAAGGCAGAUCUUGUGGGAGACAGGUGAAAAAGACAGCUUAAGAAGGUUUUAGGCAUAGGCAGUCUGCUUUUAUCACAUGUCAUCUUUGAUGUGAUAGAAGUUCUGAUCCAGUAUUUUCAUCAGCAAACGCUGAUAUAAAAGAAACAAACACUUUAAGGGCAUAGUUGUUUCUAAAAUGUGUGUGAGGAUGGAGAAACAUUGGAUUCCAUUUUUGAAGAAGAAAUUCAGUGGGGAUUAUACAAAUAACAAAAUGUAUAGUUUGAAGACAGGUCUAAGUUUUACUGUCCUCAGAUGAGGAACACAAUGGGAUGCAGAAUUUUAUUUGAAUUAAGAUGCUGUUGCAUUUUGUGAGGGAAGAAAUCAAUAAAAUAGCAUUAGGGGUACCUUGGCUCUGUGAUGAGCAGACAUACUUCUAAAUAAGAACAUUAUUUAUUAAGGCUGAUAACAUAAAUAGAAGGAUGCUGGAACAUGGCUUAAUGCUCUUGGUUAUUUUUGUCCUCUUUCCCUCAUUUCCUUAAACUUAUGUUCAAUUUCAAACAAACAGGAAAUCUCGUUAGGGGACAAUAUAAUAUUUCAUAGAUUUAAGUGUAUAUGAGUACUUGUUACUUUUGUCACUUAAACAUAUAACACAUGUAUGUUUGUAUUACACCUUUAUUAGUACAGGUUGUUAUUGGGCUAUCCUGUCUAAUAAAUAAGGUAUUAAGUGGACCAAUCUAAA